AGGCUAUUGAUCCUGAUUGAUAAAGACGUUCGUGUUGAACAUCCGUCAAGACGCCGUCUUUCGGACCGGAAAUACAUGUCCUUUCAUAAUAACAGCAACAAUAAAUCUCUGCCACCACAGGGACGAGCAGCUGUCGUGUUACGCGCAUUUUUACUAAUCGGUUUGUUUUCAUUGAUUUGAAGAAGAAAGACAAAAUAUUUAGAACUUUUAGCUCAUGUUUUCAUGGCAACAGCUUAGUGAAACCUCUUGUGUCAGAGACAAAAACAAAAAAUGUCCUUGUUUUUGUUGUUCUUUUGCUGUUUACACAAACGGGAAAUUAACCUCGAUAUGGAUUAAAAAAUCUCAUAGAUGAGAAGAAAUAAUCCUGAUCACUUGAUCUGUGCUGCUUCUUUUAUACUGAAGGCCCAGGCGCAGCUUCCUGCGUUGUUGCCGCUAACGCGGUGCGUCUUGACGCAGCGGGUAGCCGCUGGUGCGUCAGAAGGAUUCAGACCGAGAGAUGCCGUAACAGCAGCAACAGCAGACACCGACACGAGCAGAGACCCCAUCCGCCUCCUGAGUCCGGUUCUCCGGGCUGCAUCUCAUGCUCUGGCCGUGUCGCAGCGCGUCAGUCCGGAUUUACAUCGACGGAGAGAAGCGGAGGAGCGGCGGCAGCAUCUGGAGGAUGCUCUGGGGUUUCCCAGUGGGUCUGUGAAGAUGAGCGUGACAUCAUGGUUCCUGGUGAGCAGUUCUGGCACUCGGCACCGCCUCCCCCGAGAGAUGAUCUUUGUGGGUCGAGAGGACUGCGAGCUGAUGCUGCAGUCGCGCAGUGUGGACAAACAACACGCCGUCAUCAACUACAACCUGACAACCGACGAACAUCUGGUGAAGGACCUGGGCAGCCUGAACGGGACAUUUGUGAACGACCUGCGGAUCCCUGAUCAGACCUACAUCACCCUCAAACUGUCUGACAUCAUCCGCUUUGGAUAUGAUUCUCACGUCUACGUUCUGGAAAAAAGUCAACACAAAGUCCCGGAGGAAGCUCUGAAGCACGAGAAGUACAGCAGUCAGCUGCAGAUGAGUCUCAAGGCUGCAGAGGUGAAGAAGGGUGAUGAAGAAGAACGCCCGCGAGGCGACAAAACCAGUACCAAGAGCCAGAUCCAAGAGGCUCCGGUGUGUCGGCCCACUCCUCUGUACGGCCAGCCUUCCUGGUGGGGAGAGGAGGAUUAUGGGAAUAAGGUCCAGAGCAGUGAAGAGCCACAUCCUGAAGAACAAAAAGACCCUCCCCCUGCAGAUCCGGACUUUUCUGGAUCUCUUUCAGACUCCCAACCAAAGACGGUCUUCCCUUCAUACCACCGGGAGCCCAGCUACUUUGAGAUCCCCACCAAGGACUUCCAACACGCCAAACCCUCGGGGGCAGAGCUCCAUGAGAUCCCCACCAAGGAUACGGACACAUCCCCAGCCCCGCCCUCUCCUUCCACCCCAACCCCUCCUGUAGUUCAAAGCCACGCCUCCUUUACCAUCGAGUUUGAUGACGGCAUGCCUGGAAAAAUCAAGAUCAAAGACCACAUCACCAAAUUCUCCACCCGUCAAAGAAAAGCACAGGCCCCGCCUACCAGAGCCACCAUUACUGCAGCUCCUGCAGAGAUGAUGUCAGCAGAGAGCAAGGUGGCUGAUUGGUUGGUCCAUAGUGAUGUGAGUAUGAUGAGGAAACGUGCACCAUGUGAGGACGCUUACAGCACAAAGAGUGACCUCGCCAUGAACAUCAAGACCCUCAAAGGACACCAUCAUGAGGAUGGGACCCAAAGUGACUCAGAAGAUCCAGUUAUCAAAGGCAGAAGUAAAUCCCACCACUCCGUCCAGUCACAGCAGUCUGAGGCAUCACAGCAGACCAUUUCCUCUUCUCCAACACAGAAACUCUACCAACCACCUCAGCACUCUCCAUCCAGACCGGUCCCAACCUCACCUGUGGCCCCUGAGCGGCCCUUGUCCCACAGUCCACCUCUGCCUCCAUCCCCUACUGAAAUGCCCAAACAGGGGCCCACUGAGCACAUCACACAGCAGGCCUUCAUCAUUGAGUUCUUCGAUGAUAACCCUCGCAAAAAGCGCUCGCAGUCUUUCACGCACAACCCCGCCCAUGCUGACACCUACUCCGCCCUGAAGGCCAAGCUGGAGCGACGGAAAGGCGGCGAGAGGCCGGCGUCCGUCCAUGGCCACAUCCCUCCCACCCAGCAGGUAACAGUUCCCCUUAAGGGCCAGGGCCACAGUGGGCCCCAGAGGUCCAGCUCUCUGAAAAGGGAAAAGACAGAGGGGGAGGCAGCUUCAUCGAGUUCUUCCUCUCGUUCCUCGCCGAGUAUCAUCAUCAGACCUUUUGGCAGUGUUGGGAAGAAGUCCAAGCUCGCCCAGGAGUUUGCUGCUGAAUUUUUGAAGGACUCUGGUCAGAAGGACUUAUCCCCAACCAGGGAUAAGACAUCACCUCCCCCGAUGUCUGCACCACCGGUGAUGAUGACACCUCCUCAUGCUCGGAUUCCCUCCCCACAUGAACCUCCAGCCCCCUCUUCUGUGUCCUACCCGUCCUCCCCCUUACAGCCUCCAGCAAGCUCAAAGUCCUCCAUCCCAUCCAGCGCUCUAGGCCAGACAGCCUCCCCAGUCCGUCAGUCAGGACCCCCCAUGUCCGCCUUGCUGUCCAUGGGCAUCCAUGGAGUGGACCCCAAAGGUUCCCAAAGAGUAAUGCGGAAUGAGGAAGAUGACAGUCUGAGUGAUGCUGGGACCUACACCAUCGAGACCGAGUGUCAGGACAAAGAGGUGGAAGAGGCUCGGAACAUGAUCGAUCAGGUGUUUGGUGUCCUCGACUCUCCAGAGUACAGUGGUGUGUCUACAGGAGUCAAUAGGCCUGUUAUAAAUGAUGGCAAGGAUGAGCAAGCUAACCUGCCUAAUGAUGGUAGCUCUGUGGACCCGUUGCAUGGCUUUAUCCCAGCUGCUAUCAGCGGUUACCCAACUGGCCCCAUACAGGUUCCAGCUCAUGUACCAGGUCUUGAGGGACCAAAGUGGGUUUCCCGUUGGGCCAGUCUGGCAGACAGCUAUGCCGAACCUGGUUCCACGCCUCCUCAAGGAGAAUGUCUGGAAGAUUUGCGCUUCAUGAGCCGUUCAAUAGGAAGUUACAACUACGACAACUCGGAGUCGGAGUCAAGCCACAGCUCCAGAACACGAAGGUUGCUGCCUCAGGUGCCUCCGGAGAAGUUGGACAGCAUCGGGCCAAGCAUCCUGAUUCGACAUGAACCUUACACAGGUCAGGAACUUCUGGACAGAGUGUCCGGUCCUCCUUGCCCACAGGAUGCUACCCACCGUCUGUCCGUUCAGGACGACGUGGACCCAGACAGUCUGAGUGAUGCCAGUCGUUCAGAUGAUGGACCUGUUCUCGAGAAAGCAAAGAAGACUCAAUCCAAGACAGGAACAACAUCUCCAGGGGCUGCAGCUCCUCUGUUUAAAGUGCAGGAGAAAGUGUCACCAUCCCCCAAAUCCACCUCCUUCUACAUCGGUUCUGAGGGCCAUCCAGGCAAACCUGACCAGGCCCGUAGCCCAGUGCCGUCCGAAAGAACACGUGAUCCCACCUCAAAAAUUCCCCCUACCACAGUACUGAUCCGACACCUGAGUGGUCAGGAACCCAAGAGGACAGGUGUCAAACCCAACAGCUCUGCUCCAAACCUCCAAACACAGGACAAGGAUUGUGUUCCCACCAAAGAUGGCUGCAUGUCAUCCUUCGUCCGACAGGAGAGCUUCACCAAAGAUCAGCCCAGUGACACUGUCCAGAUGAAGAAGCUUCCCCACAUCUCCAGCCACCCGUCCAUCAGAGACAUGGAGCAAAGACGUGAGAAUAUCCCAGACACACAGUCCUUCCUUCAGGAGUCUGAAGGGACUCUGUCCUCUCUGGACACCAAGUUCCCCUCAUCUGGUUCUGGCCGUAGCUCAAAGAAAGGAGGCUCCUCCAGCCACAUGGACGACUCCCUUUCUGGUGAGUCAGACGUGGACACAGCAAGCACCGUGAGUCAGGUGAGUAGCAAAAAUGCUCCCAUCAGCUCCGCCUCUAAAAAACGUCCCAGCAUUAGCAGCCUGCAGAAAGAGAAGUCCUCUUCCAGCCCGUCCAUCCAGGAGAAGGGACGGCAGCUUAGCGCCCGCGAGCGGCUGUCUGAGAAACGGCGCAACCAGACCACAGCUGAUGCACCAAGCAAAGCAGAGGCGGCAAAACGCUUCCAGAUGCGGCGCAGUACCGGCAAUCGCGGCUCUCUGGAUCUGUCUGAGGGCCAGCAGGGAUCUGGUCCAAACUGGACUGAAACUACAUCAUCUGAUCAUGAAAUUUCCCGUCCGUCCAGUCGCACUAAGAAACUCGUUGCCCCUCUUCAGAAAGAAGACAAUGGAAAGACCCCCAAAACAGCAACCCAGCAAGUUCUGACCCGUUCCAACAGCUUAUCAGCACCACGGCCAACCAGAGCAUCCAUGCUUCGACGAGCACGCCUGGGUGAGGCCUCAGAUAAUGAGGGCACUGAGACAGACCGGGCCUCCCAGAAUUCUGACCAUAUCACAGUGCCCUCUAAAGUAUCCGCCGAAGGGAAGAAGCUGUCCAGGCUGGACAUCUUAGCGAUGCCCAGGAAGAGGACUGGUUCCUUCACAACACCCAGCGACAAUGAGACAUCCUCCAUGAGCCGCUCUGGUGUUUCCAACCGCAACUCCGAGUCAGGCGUCACUGUCAGGAAAACAUCAGUGGGAGACGCCCGACAGGCAGCCAGUAGAGGGAGUGGAGCUCCAGUAAAGCAACCAUUAACGCGCACCCGGUCCAGUGGAGCAAAAUACCUCGGCAGUGGGUCCCGUCGCAGGCAGAAGGGCUCAGACUUCUCCUCUUCCUCUGAGGAAGAAUAUGACACCAACACCGGAUCCUCAAAACCUAAACGCUCCUCUCAUUCGACCACCUCCGCUCAGACACCCCACAGCCAGCGGACCGCUGCCACCAGAACCAAGUCUGUCUCCCUGGAGACGGAGGAGGACGAGGACCAAAAUGAUGUUGACCCGUACCAGAACUGGUCCACACACAGCGCUGAGAUCGCCAAGCUCAGUCAGGACUUGGCAAAGGAUCUGGCCAUUCUGGCGAAGGAGAUCCAUGACGUGGCUGGGGAUGGGGACUCGCCAAGCUCCGGCAUGGGCACCACCACCUCACCCAGCUCACUGCCCAACACCCCAGCCUCCACCAUCUCUGCCAGGGAGGAGACGCCAUCUCUGCCAUAUCUGCGUGGCCUUCGACCAUCUCAGCUGGUCCAGCAUAUCCCUGAGGCCAGUUUAAACUACCAGAAGGUUCCUCCAGGUUCUGCUGCCAUCUCGGACCUGGACGCAAAUAUGAAUGAGCCAGAGCCCUCUUCUAAGCAACGGCGUCCAUGGAACCGCGAAGAGAUGAUCCUGGACAACCUGAUGCUGAACCCGGUGUCUCAGCUGUCCCAGGCCAUCCGGGAGAACACGGAGCAGCUGGCUGAGAAGAUGAAGGUUUUGUUUCAGAACAAGGCGGACGUCUGGGAGGAGAUCGAGGCAAAGAUCAAUGCUGAGAAUGAAGUUCCCAUCUUGAAAACGUCCAAUAAGGAGAUAACCUCCAUCCUGAAGGAGCUGAGACGAGUUCAGCGGCAGCUUGAAGUCAUUAACACCAUUGUGGAGCCCGGUGGGGGUCUUCAGGCUGCAGCUGUCGGUACAUCUACCCGACCGUCCUCUAAGGACAAGAAGCCCACCACUAAACCCAGAACCUCCAAUGCCAAUGAAAGCUCCAAGAGACCGCCUCGUGGGCCAGAUGGGGCCCACUACAUGGCCUGAGCGAGCCACCGUAGCACAAUUUAGAAAGAAACUGUGCAUCCACGCUGCCAGCGUCGCUUGUCAGAACUCUCAGAGAUGUGAGGUCAAAGUUUAUGUUUCCUUUUAUUCAGUGUCCCAUGAUGCAUUGCACAAUGCUGUACUGAAACUACAGCAAAUUGGACAGAACCAGGUUUAACCAGGUCUGUCACAUCCGCAAGUGUGAUCUAAGUUAUCCCUGAGCUGUCCCUCCUUUUUCUUUGUGCAAUGCAUUGUGGGAGAAUCUGCCUCAGCCGGAGACUGGGAUUGGGCCUGGUACUGUUUGUAGGAGGCUGCCAGUGGCGUGGAUGCACGGAAACUUUGGAACAAGCAUCUCAUCAGUGUGAUUCAGUCAGAACUAAUGUUGUGAGUGUAACUCAUGUACAGCUGCUUCCAUGUCGCACAAGCUUAGCUAAGGCUACAAAAACAUGCAGCUGUUCCCACCACAGCGUUCUGUGGACCAAACCAGAACCAUUGUGACUGUGUUGUUGUGAUACAUCUGAACUGGAGGUAGACUGGGUCCUAUCAGCGGUCUGUGAGGAAGGUCUGGUGCUGCUCCACGCCUCGGCCUUACAGACAGGAAACAGUCGUAUCUACUGAAUGUCUCUGAGUUCUACCGCCCGGUCCAACCCGACCCGGCCUGUGACGCUCAGACUCCUUCACUCUUCAUGUCGCCGUGAAUGUGUGUUUACGUGAAUGUUGUGAAUGCUGAUUGUGUCCAAAAUGACUGUUUGUCCCAAACCAAUGAGACAGGAGACUGCUGGUCCUUAAACGCAUCGCCUUUCAAACUCGAUGAAUGAAACUCGGAAACAAGACACGCUGAUGGUUGAAGAUGCGACAGGAAACGUUUUAGACUUAGUGAAUGCCACAACAUGAUGCAGUUCACCAAUACAAAUAAUCAACUCAACAAGAAGAAACAAGCGAUUACCAGCAUCUGUUUUUGGGGCUUAAGUUGGUUUUCUGCUGGUUUAAACCAGUCUGCUGCUGCAAGAUUUUCCUCCUGAUAUACUGAAAGUCUGGACACGAAAGCCGGGGUACUUAAAACCCAUUUCCACCAAGGUGUCUCACUCAGGACGUCACAGUUUGGUACGAUAAACCCUAAAACCCUUAAAUCUGGUUCGACAGCCAACCAUACCCUUACCUAGUAAGCAGUGUAUAAGCCCAUAACGACAGAUGCGUCAGCUCUGUAACAGUGUGAAGGCAUAGUGGUGUGAUGCCUUCCUUGACUUAUAAUAAAGAACAACAUGAAGUAGAAAUGAAGGAGGAGAAUGUGGACAACCAGGUGGAAACUUAAAAACAUGCAUACCAAGCCGGACCCUUUGGUGGGAACAGGUCUUAGGUUCGCCUUCAUCCCCUCUAUCAUUCUGCAUUACCAGCAAGAUGUUACCUUUUCAGAGUCCAGAUUAAAAUGAAAAAAGACAGGUCGUUUCUCACCUGCAGUAAAACUGUACAAAAAUUUAUCCUUAAAAAGUCUGAUCAACAAAGACCAUCAGUGAACAGAUUCUGCCAUUGUUGACUGACCUCCCACCUCUAAUCUGUCAUGGACUCCAGUAUCUAACACCAGAUGAACUUCUGUUUUGUACAGGAACUUGUGGUGGGAUGGAUCCUUUCAUGAGUGUGAUCUCUUGUCCAGUUGCAUCAGAAGGUUCACUGUCAGUGUGGUGGAACCAUCAAAGGUACUACUCUGAUACCCUCAAUAGACCAGACAGCCCUGAAGGUACAACACUGGUUUUUACAGUGACAGUCCUUUGUACCUCUAUGGUACAAUUAGGUACUUUAUUUUCUGAAAGUGUAAAGAGGUUCUAUCAAACGUGGUUCGACAACAUGUUAGAACCACAGAGAAACUGGAUCAAUCCUUAGAAAUCGAAGACAGCUGAUGUUUGUCUAAGUAGUUUGUAAACUUAUUUCACAUAGAGAACAAAUGUGAUCCUCUGUGAGUAUUGAAACUGGUUGUCCUGAAUAGAGACGGCUUCUCCUGAUCUCUAACUCUGAAGGCUGGGCCAUGGACCUGAGAUAGGGACCCUCUCAAUGUUAGCUGUGUAUGUAACCAUACAACCUCCACGUUUAGUAACUAGAUUUUUCUGACCCCUGAAUCCAUGUGGAAACCUUAUUUACAGCACAGUUUUAGAGAAGUGCUAUAUAAAGAAAGUAUUUAGAGUUUUUAGGUUGUGGGAACGCCUCCUGCUCCGUGAUGAGUGGAUGUGUCUUUUUUGUGUGUCUGUGUGCAGUAGUCGCUGUGUGUUGAGCCGAAGUUUGUGUUUGUUUUUGUGUUAAAGCAGCUGAGGUCUCUGUGUGGAGAGCGCUGUACAGAGCAUGCUCAGUGAAACUCUCAUCAGAUGAGGAAAGCUUGGCUUGAUUAGCCUAGCUUAGUGCGAAGACUAGAAGUCAAGGGAAGUUGUUAGCCUAGCGCCAUCAGAGGAGAAAAACUGACCUAACUGCUGUGCUUUAUUCACUGCUUCAGAUCUAACUCUUUUUUUGUCCAAAUAGAAGUCAGUGCUAAUUUAUUGUUGUUACACAUCAAUGAUCAAAAAUAUAGAUAAUCAGUAGAUGACCAGAUUAUCUGUUCGCUGCUUUUCUAAAAUGUUAUUUUACUUUUUUCCAGAUUUUUGUUGCUUUUUCAUUAGUCAUAACACUAAAGUAAAAAAUAACAGUAGAAAAUAACUAGAACAGCCUGCAAUAGGUAUAUUUUUUACUUUUUUUCAACUAAGAAACAAACAUUAGAGGCACCACAAUCAAGCCCUGUGGAACUCCACUUUUAUUUUUACAGAUGAUCUGCUAAAACUAUGAUUUCUGUAUGUUAUCUAUGUGUUGUGUAAAGUACAUAUAAAACAUGUGACAGAUGUGAGUAUGAAAAAUGGAUCUUUUUGUACUUUCAUGAAGCUAGGCUAACAGUUUCCCAACCUUUGUGCUAAGCUAGGCUAACUCCAUCAUUCCAUCUUUGAAGAACAGAAAGAAAAGAUGAUUUCACUGAACUUUUGCUGUGUUUGGCUUGAGAAACAGGAUGUUAGACUUUUGUUCAUAAAGUGCAUGUUUCCUGUAGCUUGAGGCAGGUGAGUGUUCGAGGCUAAAUCACCAAAUGUGCACUUUUUCAUUUAACAGCAAACACCUGAUUAUAGGUGGUGCUUUUGUUUGUUCGAUCAUUCGUGCUCUGCAGCCAUUGAGAAUGUAUUAAUUUAUCACCUAAUCACAAGACAAACCCGAUUGGUCCAUUGCUGAUGACGUAACUGCUGCUGCUACGGGUGAUUGGUCAUUUGGGCUACCUGUGUUUUGUUACAGUGCAUGUAACAAAUAAGCUGUAUAGAAGCAAACCAAACAUGCUCUCUGUCUUCUUUUUAUGCAUUUGAUCACGACGGUCGAGCAGAUGACCAUGUGUUUCUAAUGAAUUAUUUAUUAAGUUGAGUGAUUUACACACAUCCGAACUUUCAUGUUUUCAUCAUCGACAGGAUUUCUUUGUAUCACCGUCAUUUGUAAUAAACUGAGUUCAUGCA